ACAGUCUUUAUCAGGUCGGCAUUUCGAGCGGUUCUCAUCUCCAGCGACAAUCGAUCGUUCAGGAUUCUUCCUAGCUCACUGUGAUUGUGAAAGUAACAUAUGUAUAUAUAGUGCAUUAUCUGAGCUGAAGAGUAGAUAACCCCCGGCUGGGACCUUUAAGAUCGCUUCGAGACGCGACACAGACACCGUAACAACAAAACUGGGAAUACCUAGUCUAGUGUUUUUAACACGUGAAUUUGCAUUUCUGAUUUGAAAUUUGAGAAAAAACUGAGUAUUAUAUAUACACAUCUUUAACUAAUUUGUACAAAGAGCAGGUUGCGACCUGCGAUCCGAAAGUGACAUGAUCGGAAAAUCACGCAUUGCCUUGACCAGCCUGCUGGGUCUAACUCUAGUAACAGUGGGAUCCGUCUAUCUGAUCAACCUGGAGCAUCUGCAGCACAAAGCCAUGGAGUGGCUCAUGGUGCUCAAGCCCAACACAAUGAUGACGAAUCUCUGGCAGUAUCCAAGCCUCCCCAUGACAGCCUACGUCUACAUCUUCAACUGGACCAAUUCAGAUGAAAUCGAUAAUCCACUGGUGAAGCCACGCUUCGAGGAACUUGGACCCUACACCUUUACCGAGCAGAUACAAAAGUUGAAUGUCACCUGGCACACGGAGAACUCAACGGUGUCGUAUCUGCGCAAGAGUCGCUUCACAUUUGAGCCCGAGCUGAGCAAGGGAAAUCUUAGCGAUGUGGUGAUCCAACCAAAUACUCUCACGGUGGGCAUUACGCACAAGGCGCAACGAUGGAAUCCCGUGCUGCGUUCCUUCAUGAUGAUUGCCCUGAAUAUGUACGGUAAUGAUGCGACUUUUACGCGCACAGCGGAUGAAUGGCUAUUCGAGGGGUUCGAUACACCGCUGAUUAAGAUGAGUUCCUUGGUGCCCAGCAAGCUGUUGCCGGAAAUGCAUUUUCCCUACGAGCGCAUAGGCUACGGAUAUCCACGCAAUGGCAACACAGAGGUCUACGGCCAUCAUAACAUCUAUACGGGUGCCGAUGACUUUAGUAAAAUCGGGCAAAUUGCGCGUUGGCGUUAUGAUGAUGUGGCUGCGUCUUAUCCACAUUGCAAGCUCAAGGGCAGCAUUGGAGAAUUCCAUCCGAUACCGCUGCGACAAGGGGAACCUAUCUCCUAUUUUCUCUCCGAUAUUUGUCGCGAGCUGAAGGCGGAUUAUGCGGGAACCACAAUCUUCGAGGGCAUCGAGGCAUAUGUCUACAAAGGCAGUCGACGUUCUGUGGCUAAUGGCACCGAUAAUCCGGAUAACAGCUGCUACUGCCAGGACAAUUGUAAGGAGGUGCGCUCCGGUUUAAUGAAUGUGUCCAGCUGCUACUACGAUGUCCCCAUCUUCGCUUCCUAUCCGCACUUCUACAAUGCCGAUCCCUACUACGUCGACGCUGUGGAGGGCCUAAAGCCCGAUAAGGAGCGCCAUGAAAUGGUCAUCAUACUGGAGCCCAAAACGGGAAUGUUGCUCGACAUUAAGGCGCGUCUUAUGAUUAGUUUGCUGGUGGAGCCACGACGUGAAUCCGCCUUUCGCAAUGCUCGACGAACUUUUCUGCCUCUGGUUUGGGUAGACUAUCGAGUGCAAAUCACAUCCGAUCUGCUCUUCUACCUGAACCUGCUGCCCAUCUCAACGAUUGUUGCCAAAAUCUGUGGCAUUCUCGUUAUCAUUUUGGGACUAACGUUGCUGCUCUAUUAUCCGCGGAAAAUCUUCAUACAGCGACAGUUUAUACGACAAAUUGAUAUUACAAAUCUGGAGAAUCGCAUUCAAACAACGAGUGCUGUGAAUCCUGAGCUCAAGAACUAUGGGGCCGAGGGUUCCCCCCUCCUGGUGGGUCUGCAAUAUGUUGCGGCGUCAGCUGAAGCGGAAUGCGCCAGUGCAGCGUCAACGACUCCGACAACGUCGAGUAGAGCAACGUUAUACAAACGCUUGGCUUCAGUGCAGCGCUGCAAGAGCAAGAGAACAGGCGACAACGACGCCGACGUCGCACAACAAAAAUCAACGAAAGUUUCCUGCAAAACAAAAAGACUAAUAACUGCUGCUGCAAAUACAACAGAAGGCGAAGACAGCAGUAGUGAUAGUCACAGUGACAGCAGCAGCAGCAGAAGUCGUCAUCAUCGAGAACAGGAGCAACAACAACAGUUAAAGAUGACAUCACGUGCAUGUCAUUGUGCCUGGCGGCUGGUCAUUGUGAUAUUGGGCGUAUGCUUUAUUGCCGCCGGCGUUUACUUGCUUCGCAAUUGGAUCGACAUCUUUACGCGCAUGCGCGGCAAGGAAAUGGCACUGAGUCCCACGUCGCGAGCAUACCCCGAUUGGAAAGUGUCACCGCUGCCCCUUAACUUUGAUGUUUACCUCUUUAACUGGACGAAUCCGGAGGACUUUUAUGUGGAUUCCCCGCGGAAGCCACGCUUCGAGCAGUUGGGUCCCUAUCGCUUUAGGGAACAACCCGACAAAGUGGACAUUGAGUGGCACAAUCAGAAUGCUUCGGUGUCCUUUCGCAAGAAGGCUUUCUACUACUUUGAUGCUGCCGGCAGCAAUGGUACGCUCGAGGAUAUUGUCACCUCGGUGAAUACUGUGGCGUAUGCCGCAGCACGUCGCCUCGAUGAAUUGUCUUCUUUUGCUAAGUUCGUAGCCUCAGCAACGUUGAGUGGCACACAGGAAGUGAGCGAAACCCACACUGCCGAGGAAUGGCUCUUCAAGGGUUUUAUUCAUCCAUUGGUUUCAAUUGGAAAAUUCAUUCGGCCUGAGGACGUGCCCUACGAUCGCGUUGGCUAUCAAUAUGACCGCAAUGGCACCACCAGCUUUGAUGGCGACAUUAAUAUGUUCACGGGCGCCGAUGACAUCAGCAAAAUGGGACAAAUCUACACGUGGAAUAAUCUAACGCAUACGGGUGCGUUUGACGGCACUUGUGGCACAGUUCAUGGCUCCAUGGGCGAAUUCUUCCCACCCAAUUUGAGCACUAAUGACAGCGUAUAUCUCUACAUGCCCAAAAUGUGUCGCGCCGUACCUUUGGACUAUACGGAAACGGUGACUGUGCACGGCGUUACGGCGUACAAGUUUAGUGGUACACGUCAUGCCGUGGACAACGGCACCAUGUAUCCGGAUGCCAGUUGCUAUUGCGUGAAAGGCAAGUGCAACCCAGCGGGAGUCAUAAAUAUUGCUCCCUGUGCAUACAAUGCAUCGAUAUACAUGUCGUAUCCGCACUUUUAUUUGGCGGAUCCCAGUUAUCUGGAGGCUGUGGACGGUCUGCAGCCGGAGAAGGAGAAGCAUGAGUUUUACAUGGCACUGGAGCCAAACGCUGGCGUGCCCAUGGAUGUGGGCGGUGGCUUCCAAGCCAACUUUUUAAUGGAGCCCAUCAGAGGAGUAUCUCUGUAUGCGCGCGUGCCCCGUGUCAUGAUGCCGUUGAUGUGGGCCGAGGAACGUGUGCGUGUCACGGAGGAGAUUGCCGCUAACAUUGCACUGGUGCCGCUCAUAGUGCUAAUUGGGCAGAUCGUGACGGGCAUUUUGCUUGCCGGUGGUCUGCUUUGCACUUGCUGGUAUCCCACACGCAAGAUGACGCGUCUGUGUCACAGCGAUGAUCCCAAAGCGAAGGCAGCGGUGCUGCGACCUCUGACCACGCUCAGCGUUGCUGGCGGCAUUGGCAGUGGAUUGACAAAUGCCAAUGCCAAUGCCAUUACAAUGCAGCAGUUAUUCCAUCAGCAUGACAGCCAGAAUGAGCGUGUGGGCGUCCGACUGCUCGACUAUAGACGCAGCUCGGGAUUGACCGAUAGCGGCUGCAGUUCGGCUAGUGAACGACUCCUUGAGAGCGGCUCAACAGAUGUGAUAAUUAGUUAAUAUAUCUAUACGUAUCGUUGCAUCUUGCAUUUUGAAUCGACCCAACCGUUAAAACUUUAUACAUAUACUAUAUAAAUACUAUAGAUUGCCUUUUUUAGCCUUAACUGCCUCAUACAUAGCACCACAAGCUAUUAGUAAGGAACACACAUACACAAACAUAUAUCAUAUCGCAACAUACACUCACACACACACACACACACAUAUACACUCACACUCAUAUGGUUUCCUCACAUCAACUGCGCACUUGUUGCGCGGGGACAUAUAGAGAGAGAUUAAUAAGAUUAUUUAUUUAUUAGUGCCAAAAACAAGAGUAAGAAAAAACACAUGAUAGAAUGAAACGUGAAAAAGCAAAAAGAAACGAAGAGAAAAAUCAAAAAGUCAUUAACUAUGUUAGUAACUUAAUUUAAACGCUGUACAUAAGUGAUUAAUCGCCUAUCCAUUGUUAACGUUAACGUUUAGUAAAACUGCGCACGUCCAAAGUAUUUUUUUAUAUUUAUACUACAUAUUACAUAAAUUUAAUGCAUAACAGUUAUUUUUGUAAGUUCAAGUUCUCUUUUUAAGUUCAAAAACAAAAUGAAGUGAUACAAUUCAAAGUGGGAUUUAAGUUAAAAGAAAAAAAAGAAAACAAAACCCAAUUCCUUAAAAAAAUAAAAAGAAACCAAAUUGAAAUCGAAAUCAACAAAACAAAAA